AUGGCGGCAGCAGUCCGGGUAACUCCAGUCCCGCGCAGCUGUCCCCGCAGCGCUCCCUCUCUACGCUACGCCAGCAGCAGGUCCCCCGCUUGGGAGGAGCGUGCAAGGUCCCCCGGUCCUGGCCCCGCUGAUCACCGCCUCAAAUCGCCUCUUUCGCGCGGAUCCUCCGCGUUCCGCUCGCCUUCUGCGCAUACAGACCCCUCCGCCUUCCGCCUGCACUCCCCUUCCCCCAAUCCUCUCCCUUCCGCACGCCUGUCUCGCCCUGUUUCUCCUCUCCCCGGGCCUCUUCGUCCGCGAUCUCCCCUUCCCGAGUCCGCCCGCCCCCGAUCCCCGUUGCUUGGUUCCGCCCGACCUAAAUCUCCGCUCCCCUUCAUCUCUCCGCGCAACUCCGAGUUCGCAUCGGCGCGAAACUCCCCCGCCGCCGCUCCUUCUGCUGGUGUGGCUCGCGCAGGCACCCGCGGGUCCCUUAGGACUAUCCCGCGCAGCAGCAGUUGUCGCAGCGCCAGCAGCUGCGCGCAGGACGAGUGGAGCGACUCUGGCGCGGAGGAGGAGAUUCGCGCUUCCGCUUCUCCCGGUUCGCUUUUUAUCGCGCGUCCUGGCGCCCGUUCCGCCGUCCGCCCCACCCCUUCCGCUUCCGCUUGGGAUUCCGCGCAGCCCGCGCCGUCGAGUGUCAGUUCCGCCCAUUUCAGCGGUUUCACUGGCCCCGGCAAUAGACGCAGCAACAGCAGUCGCAGUAGCGCCAACGCCUGCGCUCAAACACCUCCGCCAACCACCUCCGCGCGCUGCCCGUCCCCAUUGCGCCGCGCGUCGAGCUCCGCAUCCGCGCUAUCCUCGCCUUCCGCGCCGUCACGUCCCCCCUACAGCUCCCCCCAGGCGCAGGUUGUGGGGGCCACGAACGGGGGAGACGAGAGAGCGACCGGGGAUUCGGAGCGGACGUACUACGGGGAAGCGGAGGACGAGGGGGGAAGCGGGGGAGUGCGCGCGAACCUGUCCGCGGACUGCGGGAGGCGGGGGCGACUGGCCGCCGCGGCUGCAGCAGCACGGGCGGAAGUGGCGCACGGGAUAGAGAGCGCGAGGCGAAGGGGGAACGGCGCGGAGACGCGCACAGGCGUGGCAGAUAGAUGUGGUGGUGGGGCGGGUGCAGCAGGCGGUGGGGUGAUGGACCUGGGGCCGCCUGGGGGUGGGCGAGGUGGCGUGAGCGGUGGUGUGAGUGGUGGUGGGGGGCAGCAGCGCAGGAGAACCCUUGGGUCUGCCUCUGCCUCUGCCUCGGCGUCUGGUGGGAAGAAGCUGCUGCACAAGCGAACGCUGUCCAUGGGCAAUCCGCGCGCAGGUCGGUUCCACACGGUGGAGUCCGUUCUGGGGGUACACGCCACGUGGCAAACGGAGGAGGAGCAGCUGAAAGCGCUGCUGGCGCUGGUGGACGGCGGGAGCGGGGGAGGGGGAGCGCAGGGGGAGGGGGACGGGGACGGGGGAAGGGGGGAGUGUGGGGAAAGGCGCAGGGGAGCGGCGGGGGGUGCGGGGGAAGGGCAUGAGGCGUGUUUGGCCGCGCAGGAUGAGGUGCUGAUGAGGCGACUACCCUCGGCUGCUGAAGUGAUGGAAGGAGGGGGGAGAGGAGGAGAGAGGGAGAUGGGGCGAGGGAGAGAGACGGGGAGAGGAAAGGGACAGGGAGGAGGGGGAGAGGUGUGUGGUGGGGGCGGUAGGGAGCGGCAGGAAGGCAGCAGCAUGGGAGGGAUGGGGACUGAUUCUGGAGGAGUGGGUUUGAUGGGUGUGGAGCAGGGACGUGGGGAUAUGGGAACAGGUUUGCAAGCAUCCCCGUUAAGGAGAAAUCCGAGUUUGCCUGCGACGACAGGAGGAGAGCAGGUGGUGGGAUCGCCUGUACAGGCGUCCUCUCCUUUGCAGAUGCGGGCAUCGCCAGGCGCUAGGCGAGCAGAUGGGUGGGACGCGUGGAAGAGCGGUGUGGGGCGGUACUGGGUGGGGGAGGUAUUGGGGGAGGAGUUGGAGAGGGGGAAGACUCCUGAAAGGAAAGCAGGUGGGCUUGGAAGGGCGAGAACUCCGGAGAGAGUGGGAUUGGGAGGGGUUAGAGCACCUGAGUGGGCACGAGGGGGAGAGAGGCCGAAAACACCGGAGAGGGGAAAAACACCUGAGAGGCUGAAAACACCUGAGAGGCUGAAAACUCCUGAGAGGCUGAAAACACCUGAGAGGGGAAAAACACCUGAGAGAGGAAAAACACCUGAGAGGGGAAAGGCACCGGACAGAUUGAGAUUGGCAGAAAGAAGGGUGCCAGAAAGAGCAGCAGGAGCAGGAGCACGAGCAGCAGAGGCAACGGGUAUAGAGGCUAUGCUAUUGAGGAUAGCAGGGGUUGCAGAUGGGAGCAGUGAGUGUGCGGAUCGUGCAGGAACGGGCAGGGUGGGCGAGUCCAAGGAGGAUGGGAGCGGCUGUAGUGGGGAGUCGCAACCCCAUGGCGCUGCGCUACCCUCUCAGAGGACACACCCAGCAGCCUUGCUGUCUGCUGCUGGUGGUGCUGAGAGGGGGAUGGGGGAGGGGGAGGCGGAGAUAGAGGCGGAGUGUGAUGCGGUGUCGGGGGGAUGGACGUGGCAGCAUGGUGGCUGGAGCGAGCGGUAUGGUGGGGUGGGCGCACAUGCCUCUCAUCAUGCUCACAAUGCGGGUGAUGCUUAUGCUGCUCAUGAUGCCUGUGAUGCCCCACCUGCUGCUGGAGGUCCCGUGAGGUCCUCCUCUGAUCUCGUACAUGUGCGAUAUGGUAUGGAUGGUGGGGAUGGUAUGGGUGGCACGUAUGGCCUGCACGAUUCUGACAUGGAAGAGCAGGGGGAGGAGCAUAAGGAGUGGGAUCUUGCGCAUGCGGAUGCGCAUGGGCAUGGGCAUGGGCAUGGGCAUGGGCAUGGGCAUGGGCAUGGGCAUGGGUACGAUGAUGGUGAGGAGUGCAUGUACGAACAUGGGGAUGGGGAUGAUUGCAGCGUGGAGAACGAGCAUGCACAUGGUGGGAGUGGGGAUGGGUGCUCAGAGGGGCAUGAGGAGGCGGUCACGGGGUUGUGGCACACGGAGCUUGCAUCAGAGGAUUCAGAGUCAGGGGGCGGGUUAAGGCAUGAAUGUGCGUGUGGGUAUGCGCAUGGGUACGCGCAUGGGUAUGCGCAUGGUUACGGGCUUGCAUAUGUUGAGGUGGAGGAUUAUGAGGUAGAGUUGGUGGACCAUGAGGAGGAGGAGGAGGAGGGGGAGGAGGAGGAAGAUAGGUACAUGGAUCAUGGGGAGGCAGAGACAGAGAGUAUGUGUUAUGAGGAGGAGGAGGAUGCGGAGUGUGUGUAUGAUGGGGAGGAGGAGGAUGCAGUGGGUAUGUAUCACGAGGAGGAAAACACUGAUUACACGGAGGAGACUGGGAGCGUGGAGGAUAGACACGGGGAGGAGGCUGAGGAGGAGGAGGAGGGAGACGUUUUCAGCGGGCAAAGGAGUGGGGGGGAGGGAAGGGAAGGGGAAGAAGAGGGGACAGUGGAGGGAGGGGGAGGAGUUGAGGGCCAGCCAGAUCUAGGGAAGAAGAGUCUGAGUGCGCCUGCUGGGUCCUUGGCUGCUUCUGCCUCUGCUUCCGUGAUUGCUGUAGGGCUUCAGCAGGUUGGUGAGGAAGGGGGCUGGGUGGAGAGUGCAGGGGACGCAGGAGGAGGAGAAGGUGAGGAGAUUGGGAGGGGAGGGAUGGUGAGGAGGGGAGAGGAGGAGGAUGAGGAGGAGGAUGAGGAGGAGGAGGAGCCGGAGUUGUUGCGGCGGAAGAGCUUUGGUGGGCGGAUGGGUGCCAGCUUUGGCGCGCUGCUGAGGAAGAGCAACACGCUUUCCAAGAUGGACCGCAAGCCGCCCCGCCCCUUCCUCGCUGCACGCACCCCCCCGCUUCGCUCCCUCACCAUCUCCCGCGCAGCCUCCGCGUCCCGCAAAGCCGCGUCCUCGGCCUCUCUCAAAGCCGCCUCCGCGAUCGCGCUCGCCACCACCGCAGUCACCAGCCUCGGCCGCUCCGCAUCUCUCCCCUACGAGUACGAAUACAAUGGCAUCAACCAGCCCAAGCGCGUGCACUUCCAGCUGUCAGAGCUCCAGCUCGCAACCAACUACUUUUCCAAGGAGAAUAUCCUCGGGCAGGGCGGGUUCGGGACGGUGUAUGGAGGCGUGCUGCCGGCGCCGCCGUUUGAGGAGGUGGCGGUGAAGGUGCUGAAGAGAGGGUCCGUGCAGGGCGACGGGGAGUUUGUGACUGAGCUGGAGCUGCUGUCGCGCACGGCACACCGCCACCUGGUGAAGCUCAUGGGGUUCUGCAUGACCACCACGCAGCGGAUGCUCGUUUACCAGCUCGUCGCGAACGGGUCGCUCACGGACCACCUCACAGGCAGCAAGCUCAGUGAGAACGGUCCGCUGCCGUGGGAGCGGCGGCUGCGAAUAGCCAUAGGAGCCGCCAAGGGCAUCCGCUACCUGCAUGCCCAGCGACCCCAGGUGCCUUGCCUUGCUCCGUUUGCUUUUCCAUCGUUCCCUCUUCUCCCUUCCACCCCCCAUCUCAGUGCACCUCUUUUCUCCCUCCACCCGGUCUCCCACUCCCCCUCUACCUCGGUUCUAGUUCCCCCCUACCUCCUCCUUAUUCAUCCUGUCCCUCCCCUCGUUUGGGACAUCAAGGCCUCCAACAUCCUCCUUACAAACAGCUUCGAGGCUAAGGUGGCGGACUUUGGGUGUGCAAAGCUGUUACGGGGCACGGAGAGCGUGGUGAGCAAGGCGACGGGGCUAGCGGAGGAGCGGCUGGUGGAGUUUGUGGACCUGGGCGUGGGCACCAUCGGCCACAUGGCCCCCGAGCUGCUGCUCGAAGGGGAGAUCAGCGCCGCCUCCGACUGCUUCGGGUUGUGUGUGGGUGUGGGUGUGUGGGUGUGGGUGUGUGGGUGUGGGUGUGUGGGUGUGGGUGUGUGGGUGUGGGUGUGUGGGUGUGGGUGUGUGGGUGUGGGUGUGUGGGUGUGGGUGUGUGGGUGUGGGUGUGUGGGUGUGGGUGUGUGGGUGUGGGUGUGUGGGUGUGGGUGUGUGGGUGUGGGUGUGUGGGUGUGGGUGUGUGGGUGUGGGUGUGUGGGUGUGGGUGUGGGUGUGUGGGUGUGUGGGUGUGUGGGUGUGGGUGUGGGUGGGUGUGUGGGUGUGGGUGUGGGUGUGUGGGUGUGGGUGUGUGGGUGUGGGUGUGUGGGUGUGGGUGUGUGGGUGUGGGUGUGUGGGUGUGGGUGUGUGGGUGUGUGGGUGUGUGGGUGUGUGGGGUGUGGGUGUGUGGGUGUGUGGGUGUGUGGGUGUGGGUGUGUGGGUGUGUGGGUGUGUGGGUGUGGGUGUGUGGGUGUGUGGGUGUGUGGGUGUGGGUGUGUGGGUGUGUGGGUGUGUGGGUGUGGGUGUGUGGGUGUGGGUGUGUGGGUGUGUGGGUGUGUGGGUGUGGGUGUGUGGGUGUUCGGAGUGGUGCUGCUGCAGCUGCUCACAGGCAGAGACCCCGUGGAUGCCGACAGAAGGCCGCUCGUCAACUGGGUACGUACGCACAACAUCCCUACCCUUCCCACUGGCUGGCCUACUGCAGCAGCAGACCUACUGCUGCACACAACCUACUGGCCUGGCCUCCACAUCCCACAAGCACCUUUUCCACUUCCUCACGCACCACAUGUUCACAUCCCUCUUUCACUCCAAAUGCGCAGCCGUAUCUGGAGGAGAGGCGGUGGGGCGAGCUGA